AUGGUCCUGGUACGGAGCGAGAAUGGGCAGCUGUUGAUGAUCCCCCAGCAGGCGCUGGCCCAGAUGCAGGCUCAGGUUCAAGCACAGGCUCAGUCACAGGCCCAGAAUGCAAUGGCUCCUCGGCCUGCAACACCCACCAGUGCCCCACCAGUGCAGAUCUCCACAGUCCAGUCCCCCGGUGCACCUUUGCUGGCGAGGCAGGUUACGCCAACUACCAUCAUCAAGCAAGUAUCCCAGACGCCAACAACUGUGCAGGCCACCACCACACUACAGAGACCCCCAGUUGUACAAAAUCAGAUAGUGCUCAGCAGCACGGCGCAAACUGCCACUUUGGGGACAGCGUCGGCCGUCCAGACUGGAACCCCGCAGAGAGCGGUGCAAGGAACUGCUACCCCAGCGACAGCCACCACGGAAACCAUGGAAAAUGUGAAGAAAUGUAAGAAUUUUUUAUCCACUCUCAUAAAACUGGCCUCAUCGGGUAAACAGUCUUCAGAGACGGCAGCUAAUGUUAAAGAGCUAGUACAGAAUCUGCUGGAUGGGAAAAUUGAAGCAGAGGAUUUCACCAGUAGAUUAUACAGAGAACUGAACUCUUCACCUCAACCUUACCUUGUGCCUUUCCUAAAGAGGAGCCUCCCUGCCUUGCGCCAGCUGACCCCUGACUCGGCAGCCUUUAUCCAGCAGAGUCAGCAGCAGCAACCGGCCACCCAGGCCACGACGACCCUCACCGCAGUCAUGCUGAACAGCUCCGUACAGCGAACAGCUGGCAAGACCACUGCCACCGUCACAAAUACAUUACAACAGCCUGUCAUCAGCCCCGCACAACCUGCACAGUCUAAACUUGGCCAACCAACUCCACUGGUUAUCCAGCAGGCACAUAAAGCUGGGGCCGUUGUACGACACCAACAGGUCACAUUGACCCAAACGCCCAUGGUAGCACUUAGACCGCCUCAAAGCCGAAUUAUGCUCACCACUCCACAGCAGAUACAGCUAAACCAGCUGCAGACAGUCCCAGUGGUAAAACCGAAUGUUGUAGCUGGCACGAAAGCCUUUCCCACGGCGGCAGCAAUGCAAGCAGCAGCAGCGCAGAAAAACAAAUUAAAAGAACCGGGGGGAGGAUCGUUCCGGGAUGACGAUGACAUCAACGACGUGGCUUCCAUGGCGGGAGUGAACCUGUCAGAGGAAAGUGCGCGGAUAUUGGCAACAAAUUCCGAGUUAGUGGGGACGUUAACGCGGUCCUGUAAAGACGAAUUGUUCCUGCUCCCUGCGGUAUUGCAGAGACGAAUACUGGAGAUCGGCAAGAAACAUGGGAUCACGGAAGUCCACCCGGACGUGGUCGGUUAUGUCUCACAUGCCACACAACAGCGAUUACAAAACAUUGUAGAGAAAAUCUCAGAAACUGCUCAGCAAAAGAACAUCUCUCACAAAGAGGACGAUCGGUACGAGCAGACAAGUGAUGUUCGGACGCAACUUAAGUUCUUUGAACAACUCGACCAGCUAGAAAAACAGAGAAAAGAUGAACAGGAGAGAGAAAUUCUCAUGCGGGCAGCGAAGUCUCGGUCACGGCAGGAAGAUCCAGAGCAGUUACGGUUAAAACAGAAAGCAAAGGAAAUGCAGCAACAGGAAUUGGCACAAAUGAGGCAAAGAGAUGCAAACUUAACGGCGUUAGCAGCUAUCGGCCCUCGAAAAAAGAGGAAAGUGGAGUCCCCGGGCCCUGGUUCAGGGUCAGAGGCAUCCAGCACCAGUACGACACCCUCCAGCAGCUCCGGAGCAGGCAGUAGCAGACAGUUUACACGGCAGCGGAUAACACGUGUCAAUCUCAGGGACCUCAUAUUUUGUUUGGAAAACGAGAGAGAGACAAGCCAUUCACUUUUGCUAUAUAAAGCAUUCCUUAAGUGA